UACAUUCACUUGAACACUAUGCUUUUCAAAGCACCAUAGAGGCAGGAUACAGAGAAGCUGUUUCAAAUGACCAAACUGGCAUUCUCCUCAGACUCAGUCACUUUUAUAUCGUUGGGAACAACCUAAUGGACAUGAACAACAUAUGGAGAGAAAACAAGUCCAAUGCCCUGGCUUUGGAAAUAAAGGUACACGACGAAACGGAUCGUGCUAUACAUAGUUCAUCUACACAUAGCGAGCCAACAUCGCAGGUUGAAUUUGACCUGUCAUCGUGCCUCAAUCUGAAAUAUUUGGUACUUAGGGAAAGCGGCAUACACAUGCAAGAUUCGUCGAGUUCGGUGUCAACGACACUUCCGGUGUAUAUUGUACUAAAUAGCGCAAAUCCAGCCCAGUGUGCAUAUCCUCUACCAGUGCUGCCUUGCAUAGAAUACAUUGGAUUGGAAUCUAUUACAUGUUCGUCUACCUGGCUACGCAGUCUGUUCAGCACAUUACUGACACUCGAGCAAAAUGCUGUGUGUGUACUGACGGAGGUCAGUUGUCAAGACUCGAUGUCCCAGUCACUUUUAUCGCUCACUCAUCUGGACACGCUUAGUAUUGAAAUGGAUGAUGACAGUCUCGAUCUGUGGGAGGCUCUCCGUGGUCUGAAUAUCAAGUGUCUGAGUCUGUGUGUUGCGCAUGGAGGUUUAAACGUAGAUUAUGCAGACUCGAUGUCCCAGUCACUUUCAUCGCUCACUCAUCUUGACACGCUUAGUAUUAAAGUGGUUGUUGACAGUCCCGGUCUGUGGAAGGCUCUCCAUGGUCUGAAUAUCAAGAAUCUGAGUUUGUGUGUUGCGUAUGGAGGUUUAAACAUAGAUUAUGCAGACUCUAUGUCCCAGUCACUUUAA